GACCGGAGGCGACUGAAUGCUUGUGCUCAAAUGGUCCAAUCAGAACACUUUGGUUCGGGAAUUUAAAGGUCUGUGCGUCAUAUUCCACACAGUUUGAACUAUUUCCCAAGCAAUAGGAAAUCCUCUUCGCCAAUCAACGUUUUCCUCACUGCUGCCAAGCUUUAUUGACAUUGUGUAAAAUGUCCGAGAACGUCGCCCGUCUGAACAAGUUCAAGAACAAAGGCAAGGAUGCUAAUGAGCUUAGACGCAGGAGAGUGGAGGUGAACGUCGAGCUACGCAAGGCCAGGAAAGAUGAUCAGAUGUUCAAAAGAAGGAACGUGGCUGCGUUUCCCGAGGAGGCCACCUCGCCACUUCAAGAGAAAAGUCAGAACGGUCAGACCUCUAGCCAAUGGACAGUUGCAGAAAUUCUCACUGGAGUCAACAGUGAUAACGUGGAGUCACAGCUGCAAGCAACACAGGCAGCAAGGAAACUGCUCUCCCGGGAGAGGCACCCACCCAUUGACCAGAUCAUCAGUGUUGGUCUGAUCCCCAAAUUUGUGGCCUUCUUGGGACUGUCCGACUGUCCUCCCAUCCAGUUUGAAGCAUCUUGGGCAUUGACCAACAUUGCCUCUGGGACGUCUAACCAGACGGCUGCCGUGGUCCAGGGCGGGGCCGUUCCUGCUUUUGUUAGGUUGGUCACGUCCCCCCACCAGCACAUCAGUGAGCAAGCUGUCUGGGCUCUUGGAAACAUUGCUGGUGACGGAUCGGCUCUGAGGGACAAGGUGAUCAAGCAUGGAGCUGUAGCUGCCCUGCUCAAUCUGCUCUCAGUGCCUGACCUCUCUGGAUUAAGUCCUGGUUACCUGAGAAAUGUGACCUGGACAGUGUCCAACCUGUGCCGCAACAAGAACCCUUCGCCUCCCAUAAGUGCCAUCGAGCAGCUCUUACCUGCUCUCAUACGCCUCCUUCACCACGACGACAAAGAGGUGUUGGCCGACGCCUGUUGGGGGGUUUCGUACCUGACUGACGGUUCUAAUGAUCGCAUCGACGUGGUGGUGCGGGCGGGCCUGGUGCCUCGCCUGGUGAAACUGCUUAGCAGCACAGAACUGCCUGUGGUGACCCCCUCCCUGCGUGCCAUCGGUAACAUCGUGACUGGCACAGAUGAGCAGACUCAGGCAGUGCUCGACGCCGGGGCCCUGGGCAUGUUCGCCGCAUUACUAUGCCACAACAAGGCCAACAUUCAAAAGGAGGCCGCCUGGACUUUGUCCAACAUCACGGCGGGAAAAGACACCCAGAUUCAGGAAGUCAUCAACGCUGGCCUCAUUCCACAUUUGGUCAAUGUCCUUGUGAGGGGCGACUACAAAACCCAGAAGGAGGCUGUAUGGGCUGUGACAAACUUCACCAGCGGGGGCACCGUGGAGCAAGUUGUUUUCCUGGUGCAGUGCAACGUGUUGGAGCCACUUCUCAAUCUUCUGUCGUCAAAGGACAGCAAAACUGUUCUUGUCAUCUUGGAUGCCAUCACCAAUAUAUUUUUGGCUGGUGACAAAAUUGACGAGUCGCACAAGUUGGCCCUGAUGAUUGAAGAAUGUGGUGGGCUGGAUCGGAUUGAAUCGCUACAGUCUCAUGAGAAUGAGAUGGUCUAUAAAGCGGCUCUCAACCUGAUUGAGAAGUAUUUCUCUGAAGAGGAUGAAGAGUUGCAGUGCGUUGCCCCAGAAGCAACGGCUGAUGGUUAUGAAUUCCAAAUCGGUGAAAACCAGAGCACUUUCAAUUUCUAACACUUAACUUGACUGAAUCUUCACUGCUACGGUUUGUCCUUGUUCCUGUCAAUGUGCCGUUCUGUGGCCUGUUGUAUGUAGUGUACAUACUGUUUUAAACACUUGAUGAACCACUCAUGUAAAUAAAGCUGAUGGAUGUUGUGUGGGGGAUUUUUUUCCCCCCCAAACUUCUAUUAAGACUUGGA